AACAAAUCGCUUUGAAGUUGUUCGCUCGGUUCGUUUCGGAUCUACACACGUGUUUUUAUUUACGCUAGUGAGAUACGCGCGAUUUCGGUGUGGUAAAUCAAAAUUAAAGGAUUUUACCGUAAUACGACCGAUCUUAGGUCCAGCUGACACCAUGGAGAUAGAUGGCGAGGAAGCUACUCCACAGACACAUACCAUCCAGGCUCGGUUUGUGUCGGAUGUGGGAGUUGAAGCCGGUCCCCCUUUGGAUCUGCCGGUGAACGUGACCAAACAGCAACUGGAGUUGAUCUUGAAUGCCCUGCUGAAGAAUGAGGACCAAACACCGUAUUUGUUCUUCAUCAACGACGACGAAGUGCGAGAUUCCAUUCAGCAAACGCUUGGCGCCAAACAGUUGGACGUGGAAAAUGUGCUGGACAUUGUCUACCAGCCGCAAGCUGUCUUUCGGGUGCGGCCCGUAACCCGCUGCACAAGCUCAAUGCCCGGCCAUGCGGAAGCAAUCGUGUCACUCUCGUUCAGCCCCAACAGUUUGCAUUUGGCCAGUGGGUCCGGAGAUACCACUCUUCGGCUGUGGGAUUUGACAACGGAAACGCCUCACUUCACCUGUACAGGGCACCGGAAUUGGGUUCUGUCCGUAGCAUGGUCACCGGAUUCCUUGAAGGUUGCCUCGGCAGAUAAGGCGGGAGAAAUUCGGGUUUGGUGUCCCGAAACGGGUAAACUGCUCGGUCGCCCUCUGGUUGGCCACAAGAAGUGGGUUAGCUGCCUCAGCUGGGAGCCAUACCACAAGAACCCCGAAUGCCGGUAUUUGGCCAGUGCAGGAAACGAUAAUGAUGUAAGGAUUUGGGACGUCGUGUUGGGAACCUGUACGAAAACCAUUGCAGGUCACACUGCUCCAGUGACUGCAGUUCGCUGGGGAGGAUCGGGCUUGCUUUACACAUCGUCCAGAGAUCGCUCCAUCAAAAUGUGGCGUGCCGAGGAUGGCGUACUCUGCAAAACUUUCACAGGACAUGCUCAUUGGGUCAACAAUCUGGCAUUGAAUACGGAUUAUGUGCUGCGCACCGGACCUUUCCAUCCCGUUAUGGACCGCAGCAAAUCGUAUGCAGUUUCCGAUAAAACAGAAAUGCAAAAAUCCGCCCUCGAACGGUUCGAAAAGGUUUGUCCGGAUGGAGUGGAAUCGUUCGUUUCGUGUUCUGACGAUUUCACGCUCUAUCUGUGGAAAUCCAGCCAGAAGCAGUUCAUCACGAGAAUGACCGGCCACCAGAAUGUCGUUAACGAUGUGAAAUAUUCGCCGGACGUGAAGCUCAUAGCUUCUGCCUCGUUCGACAAGUCCGUACGAUUGUGGCGCGCCGGUGAUGGAGCGUUUAUCUGUGCAUUCCGGGGCCACGUGCAAGCCGUGUAUACCGUGGCAUGGUCUGCCGAUUCCAGGUUAAUCUUGAGCGGGAGCAAGGACUCGACGCUGAAAGUAUGGAGUGUGAAAGAAAGGAAACUAGCGCAGGAACUUCCCGGGCAUGCCGACGAAGUGUUUGGUGUUGAUUGGGCUCCCGACGGUUCCAGAGUUGCUUCUGGUGGAAAGGACAAGGUGUUGAAACUAUGGACAUACUAAAUCAUGGAUGGCAGAUUUAUAGAUAUUUACUCUGAUAGGUAUAGGAAUUUCCUACAAAUAUAAUGUGUAUUGUGCUUAUUAAAAGCAUUCAAGAGUA